GCAUGUAUGGCAGUGCAGUGCAGAAAUGUGGAUCGCCUGAUGGCGCUGCUGAUUGAAGGGUUGCUUUGGGCUGCAGGUCAGAUUAUGCAGGUGGCUCGAAGCAAUGGAACCUCGGGAUUGGAAUAGAAUCAAUUCAAGAAUAAUAAAUGGCCGUGGCCCCUGGUGCUGAAAAGAGCAACAGCAGCUUCGGCCCUCAAUCCAACACCGGCUGGACAGAAGUGAGGCAAAGCAAGCAUCGUAUUCCACCUGGGCCAGAUGGUACAAGCUGGGCUCUAGUUUUGUUCUUUUCUUUUCGGAACACAGCCAGGUGGCACAAAGGUCCCCAAGAUCGACGUUACACAGCAUUUUGCAGACGUGCGGAAGACGUGCGGAUGGAUCACCUCUCACAGGCAUGUCUCAAAUUGGUCAAGCUUCUCUCCUCGCUGCACUUAACCCCCCCCUCAGCUCAUUCAGCCCACCGGUUGCCAUUCCGUCGAAUUGCGAGUAUUGCCAUAAUUGCACAGUACCCAUUGCCACAUUGCCAUGACUAUGGCCUCGCCUUGUCGUGCCUUGCCUUGCCUUGCCUUGCCUUGCCUUGCCCUGGCCUGUCUGGUAAUGUUGCACCGCUGAUUGGGCCGGUCUUGCCCCGCCACGCAAACCCACGGAGCCACCCCGCGCCGAUACCGGGCCUGGAGCUCUCGCCUCAGUUUAUUUACUGGGACUGGCUGUGCUCACUUUUCGAACUUCCAGCUCCUCUUUGAAAAGGCUCUCUCUUCUGUACUACUCGGGCCAUACUGUCUGUCCCCUCCACUCAACUCAACUCAACUCAAUUACACCUCACCUCCAAUUCCUCAAUUCCAACCCUGAAAAUCUACAGUCAUGCCUUCUGCUGAAGGUAGGCCGCGAACUCUCUACGAUAAGGUUUUCCAAGACCAUAUUGUAGACGAGAGACUGGACGGCACAAUCUUGCUUUACAUUGGUACAUAUACAUUCG